UGAGUUUUGUCUAAUUCGUUUCUUUUGAUUAUUACAAAUGUGUCGUCGACGUAGCGUAUCCAAAUCUUGGGUUUGAUCUUUGGUAGAAUUAUGUUUUCGAGUCUUUGCAUCACUGCUUCUGCAAUCAAACCUGAUAUUGGCGAUCCCAUGGGUGUUCCUUUGACUUGUUCAUAUAUUUGGCCGUUGAAUUGGAAGUAUGUUGUUAGGCAUAGAUUUAUGCAUUCCAUCCAGCUUGUGUGUUGCAUUUUUGAUUGUUGUGGAAGUUGUUCGUCGUUGCUAAGUAAUUGCUCCAUGGUUUCUUUUGCUAGUUUUUGUCCGAUAGAGGUAUAUAAUGCUGUCACGUCGAAGGAUACCAUUAUUUCUUGUUCAUCUAUUUGGAUGUCUCUGAUUUUCUCUAGGAAUUGGAUAGCAGAGUUGAUGGAGUGAUCACAGGAUUCCGUUAGGUGUUUUAGUUUUCUGUAUAAUUCCUUGGACAAAUUAUAUGUUGGAGUUCCUGGGAGUGAUACAAUUGGUCGUAACGGGAUAUUUGCCUUGUGUAUUUUGGGUCUGCCGUAGAAUCGAGGUAGGACUGGUCCAUUGGAUUUCAUUCGCCAUUGGUCUUGUUUUGUGAUCUGUCCAGUUUUGGUGAGCUUGUUUAAGGUCCUUUGGAUGCGGUUAUCCAAUGUUUGUAUGGGAUUUGUUGGGAGUUGUUGAUAUACAUCUUCAUCUUUGAGUAGUUCUUCAGCUUUCUUGGUAUAUUCUUCUCUGUCCAUGACUACUGUUGUUCUUCCUUUGUCGGCUGGUAAAAUGACGAUGUCCUUCCUAUUUUUCAGCUUUUUG